AUGGAGAGCUCGCUGCAGGAGGGAGCACUGUGGGGCCGUCCUUCAGAAGAGCAGUCUCAGGAGCCCCUCACGAUACUGUCGGCCCUGAUCUCUUCUAAGGAACAAGAAUCUGUGACCUUCAAAGAUGUAGCCAUAGACUUAACCCAGGAGGAGUGGAUGCUGAUGGACAGGUCCCAGAGGAAGAUGUACAUUGAUGUGAUGCUGGAGAACAUCACUCAUCUGGUCUCCGUGGGGUGUCAGUUCUUCCAAUCAGAUGUGAUCUCCCAGUGGGAACAAGGAGGUGUGCUGUGGAGGGAGGACAGAGGACUUGCCCAAGGCUGGAGUCCAGUUAUUUCAGGCUUGGAAAACAGCCAUAAAAAGGAAGAAACAAUAUCUAUGCAAGAUAUCUUCAAGGAGGACCCAUCUAACUGCAACACAAUAAUAACUUCAGCAGAAGUGGGAAUGUUGUCGGAUGGCUUUGGAAGGUGUCUCUGUCUGAGAGGUGGUAUCCGUCCCCCUGUCAUCAUCAUCCCAGAUGUCACCAUCCCACUCACACCCAGCAGCAUCCAUAGCUACGUGCACUUUCUUAGCGUCCAUCCUCCCUCUCUUUUAUUUUUCCCUGGCGAACCGUAUGGCCAUUUUUUCUGCCCCAUGCUGAUAGGUGUGGACUUGCAGAAAUAUCACUCAGGAGAAGACCCGUUUGAACAUUUUGGGUAUGAUGAAGUUUUCACUCAAACCUACACAUUGACUCAACAUGUCUUAACUCACACUGGACAGAGACCCUAUAAAUGGAGUGAAUGUGGGAAACAUUUCAGUCAUAGAAGCGACCUUUAUAGACACCAGAAAACUUACAUGGAAGCAAAACCUUAUAAAUGUAAUCAAUGUGAGAAAUGCUUCCAUAAUAGAAGGAAGCUUUGCAUACACCAGAGAAUUCACACAGGAGAGAAACCCUAUAAAUGUGAUGAAUGUGGAAAAAACUUCAGUCGAAACUCCCACCUUCGUUCCCAUAAAAUAACUCACACAGGAGAGAAUCCAUUUGUUUGUAAUCAGUGUGGGAGUCACUUCAGGUAUUUUUCAUCUUUAACUAGACAUAAGCAUAUUCAUUCUGGACAGAAGCCUUAUGAAUGUCAUCUGUGUGGGAAAGCCUUUGUUCAAAGUUCUUAUCUUAAACAACAUGAGAGAACACACACUGGAGAGAAACCAUAUAAAUGUCUUCUAUGUGGAAAAGCCUUUGUUACAAGCUCUAAUCUUAGAGAACAUGAGAGAACGCACACUGGAGAGAAACCAUAUAAAUGUCAUCUAUGUGGAAAAGCCUUUGUUCAAAGCUCUUGUUUUAGACAACAUGAGAGAACGCACACUGGAGAGAAACCAUACAAAUGUCAUCUAUGUGGAAAAGCCUUUAUUACAAGCUCUUGUCUUAAAAAACAUGAGAGAACUCACACUGGAGAGAAACCAUAUAAAUGUCUUCUAUGUGGAAAAGCCUUUGUUACAACCUUUGUUACAAGCUCUAAUCUUAGAGAACACGAGAGAACUCACACUGGAGAGAAACCAUAUAAAUGUCCUCUAUGUGAAAAAGCCUUUGUUACAAGCUCUAAUCUUAGAGAACACGAGAGAACUCAUACUGGAGAGAAACCAUACAAAUGUCAUCUGUGUGGAAAAGCCUUUGUUACGAGCUCUUGUCUUCGAGAACAUGAGAGAACCCACACUGGAGAGAAACCAUAUAAAUGUCCUUUAUGUGGAAAGGGCUUUGUUACAAGCUCUUGUCUUAGAAAACACGAGAGAACCCACACUGGAGAGAAACCAUAUAAAUGUCCUCUGUGUGGAAAAGCCUUUGUUACAAGCUCUAAUCUUAGAGAACAUGAGAGAACUCAUACUGGAGAGAACCCAUAUAAAUGUCCUCUAUGUGGAAAAGCCUUUGUUGAAAGCUCUAAUCUUAAAGAACUUGAGAGAACUCAUACUGGAGAAAACCCGUAUAAAUGUCCUCUAUGUGGAAAAGCCUUUGUUACGAGCUCUUGCCUUUGA